ACAGAAGUCUUUGUCUUGAUUUACUAUUUUUUGUUGGACUUUCCUGCAUUCUCGAUAUCUUGGCGCUUCGCUUGUCUUGAGCUUCACCGAUGACCUCGUAGUUGCCAGCACAUUCUAACGCAAAAGCUAGUGCGUAUUUGCUUCAUCGGGAAAUUUGCCUUGCUGGGAGGCGCUCCAGCGGCGGUCCCGUCCACCGUCAUUGUCCAUUUGGCGGGAAGGCUCGCCGACCCUCACCACUAGCCUUGAAGCGCUGUUUUUGCAUGCUCCUGGCUUCUACAUUCUAGCUCGGGGGGCCAGGGCAGCGGAUGCGCAGCGGCCUUUGCGCGAGGGGCUGAGCGGCCGCGCAUCGCAGCCUCAGGAGCGAGCCAGAGAGGAUGCAAGCUAGCCGUAACGAGAACCGGCCUCCUGCAUAUCAAGCUCGGCCGGACGGGCAGCAGCAGAACCAGCACAAUUCGGAGCGUGCCCAACAUCAGCCCGCACCGCAUCCGGGGCCGUCGCUUCCGGAGGGCACGUCCUUCCUUGCUGGGCUAAGCACAUACAAUGAGACAAGAAGAUACACGGUGCACAGCCUCAUAGGAAAGGGCAGCUAUGGGCUGGUGUGCGCUGCCAAGGACAACCUCACAGGCGAGAUGGUGGCAAUCAAGAAGAUCCAGAACGUGUUUGACAACGUGGCUGACGCGCACCGCAUCCUGCGCGAGAUCACGCUGCUGCGCGUGCUGCGCCACCCCGACAUUGUGGAGAUCAAGCACAUCAUGCUGCCCAGCGACCCCAACACCUUCAAGGACCUGUACGUGUGCUUCGAGCUCAUGGAGUCCGACCUGCACACAGUGAUUGGCGCCAACGACGACCUGACCGCCGACCACCACAAGGUGUUCCUGUUCCAGCUGCUGCGCGGCCUCAACUUCAUGCACAGCAACGGCGUGCUGCACCGCGACCUCAAGCCCAAGAACAUCCUGGCCAACUCCAACUGCAAGCUCAAGAUCUGCGACUUCGGCCUGGCGCGCCCACACCUGCUGGACGGCGCCGGCGCGGCGCCGCUGACGCCGGUGCUGUGGACGGACUACGUGGCCACCCGCUGGUACCGCGCGCCGGAGCUGUGCGGCUGCUUCUACGGCCGCUACAGCAGCGCCGUGGACAUGUGGAGCAUCGGCUGCAUCUUUGCCGAGGUGCUGCUGGGCAAGCCGCUGUUCCCGGGCCGCGACGCCGUGCACCAGCUGCAGCUGAUCACGGACCUGCUGGGCAAGCCGCCGCCGCACGUGGUCGACGCCAUCGGCAACGUCAAGGCGCGCGCCUUCCUCAACGCCCUGGAGCCCAAGCGGCCCCGCCAGCUGUCCUCCAAGUUCCCGGCCGCCGACCCCCUGGCGCUGGACCUGUUGGGCCACCUGCUGGCCUUUGACCCCGCCGACCGCCCCACCGCGGCCGAGGCGCUGGCGCACCCCUACUUCGCCGGACUGCCCAGCGCCGUCAACCAGGAGUCGGUGCGCAUCGCGGACGACUUCCAGUUUGAGAGCUGUCGGUUGUCGGAGGGCGACGUGCGCCACCUCAUCUACCGCGAGGCGCUGCAGUACCACCCGCACGUGAUGUGCGCCUACACCGCGCAGGUGGCGGCGCUGCAGCAGCAGCAGGCCGCGGCGGCGGCGCAGGUGCAGGCGGCGCAGGCCGCACAGGCCGCCGCCGCCGCGCAGGCGGCGCAGGCCCAGGCGCUGGCGGCGCAGGCCGCGCAGGCGGUGCAGGCGGCGGCGGCGGCACAGGCCUCCGCGGCGGCCAACCUGCGCGCGGCCGCCGCCGCCGCGUCCGGCCUCAGCCCGCGCUUCCAGCAGCAGCAGCAGCCCCAACAGCAGCCCCAACAACAGCAGUACCAGCAGUCGCCGCUUCCGCCUCACCACCAGGCUGGCGCUGCGGCAGCCUCCACCGCUGCGCUGGGCAACUUGAUGGACUGCGGCCGCGUGCCGUCGGACGGCUGCGCCGCCACCAACCCUUACACCCUCGCCUCCACCUCCUCCAGCGACGCCGUCUCGCUCGCCUUCAUGCUGCACGCGCAGGACAGCAGCAGCAUGAGCGGCAUGAGCGGCGGCAGCAGCAGCAGCCACAAGAUGGACAGCCUGAGCGGUGGCGGCAACAGCGCCGGCUUCCUGCUACAGCCGCACGCGGCGCAGCAGCAGCCACAGCAUCAACCGCUGCAGAGCCUGAACCCCAACACGCUCCACAACAUGCCGCAGCAGCAGCAGGCCGGCGGCGGCAUCCAAUGUCUGCCGGCAGCAGGGAACCACGCCCACGCUUCACAGGGCCACCAGUACGGCACCAAUCUGGCCGGCGCGGCCCAGCAGCAGCCCAUCGGUCCGCCGCCCGGCUUUGGCUACGGCUGGGGCCAGCAGCAGGCGCCGCAGCAGCAGGUGCAGGUGCCGCAGCAGCCACAGCACGCUGCGCAGGCGCCCUACGGCCUGCAAUCGCACCAGACCCUGCAGUACCCGCAGUACAUGGCCCCCGGCGUGCAGCAGCAGCAGCAGCAAGUCAUGUCUGGCGGCUUGUCUCCCUCGGCCGCGGCUGCCGCCGCGGCGGCGUGGGCCGGUGGGCUCUCUGGCCUGGCGCCGCGCGCGCCGCAGCCCACGGCGCCUGGGCAGGUGGCCAGUGGUGCGAUGACGCCGCGGUACGGCGCCGGCUCCGCCUGGUAGCGGGCAGGCUCCGCCUGGUAGCGGGCAGGCUCCGCCAGGUAGCGGGCAGGCUCCGCCUGGUAGCGGGCCGCUCGGCAGUGGUCACACGCACAAGGAACGUGCAUGGCUCUGGCAGGCGUGUGUGGUGGUGUCGGCUCGUUGUAUGUGCCUCUGUGGUGUCGGCUCGUUGUAUGUGCCGCAGUGAAGCGGUGCUGCAGCGGAGGCUGGUGCAGUUCAGCAUGGUGCGCGCAUGCGCCCACAUACCGGUGAUGCUAGGCGCGUCCGCCAGCAUGGGUUGCGUAACGGUCACGGCUGUGUGCCGCGAUCCGGGGCUUGUAGUGCAGCAUUAGCGAAGAUACAUGGCUAACAGCGACACGUACAUCAGUCAGGUAAUAAGUAUCUCUUUGGCGCACGCAGUCGCCUGCUAACAAACAAGGUAUAGGCAGGCCGCGGCGACGGUGGGCGUUUCUGUCAGUGCUGCUUGGUGUGCAUGCGGCAGGAGACAUUCGAGCCGUAUCACACACACAACCCGAGUAGAAGGCCUGAAUUACCGAACGGCGUGGCUGGCUUUGUGUUGUUUGUGUGGGCGAUGGCGGGCGCAGUGCUGGCCGGGGUUGUGCCCUGCUCACUUGGAACAGCAGUGUGCCGUGCGGGGAACGGGCGCCGGACUGCGAUUGGCCUGCGCCCGGGACUUUGCGCUGGCACGCUGGCGGCUGGGCGAAGAAGGCUUGGCUUCUCCCAAGGGGUUGUUUCCUUGUUCAUGAAGGGCCGUGGCGGUGGGGGGCUUUGGCAGGGCUGGGUAGCCGGAGGGUGGCCGUUGAGCUCCCGGCACCCAUGCUGUUGGUCACCCCUGGGCCCUUGUUGGUGUGAUGGAUUCCUAGUCUCGGGUCAAUGGCAGUGUAUUGAAUCUUUUCAGGGGGGGCGCUUAACACUGCAGGCAGCUUGCGUCCGCAAGCAAGCCUGCAUUUUUGGCCGUGGGGAACAGGGACAGGGGAUAUAUGCUUUUGAGUGUGCUGUACAGAUAUGACAAAAGCCCUUGUUUGUGUGCGCGGGGCUUGUGCGCUGCCGGAAAACAACUGAAAAGUGUAUUUUCGCAUGUGUUUCCACCGCUGCAGCGCUACCAUCGCUGGGAUCUGCAUGGUGCGUCUCGUGGCGAGGUAGGGAAGAGGAGUAUGGGGGUGCGAGAAGCGCUUGCGUGCGGUGGGCAGCCUUUACGGCGAAUUUUGCGAGGGUGAGGCAUGAUCGGCGGGCAUUUGCGCACGCCAGGAGCAGCAUGGAGGCGGUUUUUUACUCGAGUCGUGGGUGAGGCGCGAUUGCACGGCGCACGAGCUUACAUAACCAGCGGCAGCGGGCGGUGUGUUGCGGUAUAGAGCUGGUGAGAGCAUGGGUAACAGGUAGCAAGGGAGAGCUUCAGCCCAGAUGCCAAGCAGAUGUAGUGUAGGCGUGAAGGCGUUCCGCAGCAAGGGGCUACGGCGGUGGAGAUGGUCAGGCGGCCAUGAGCGCAUGAUUACAAGCGCGGCAGCUGAAGGGGUUUGGCAUGACAUUCAUCUUUGUUUGCAAGCGAGAGCUUAACAGCAACUGGGGGGCCAGAACGCAGCACGGCGUGGCGUAGCGCCGCUGCUCGCAGGCCCUAGCAGGCGAUACCGGAUUGUUCUGCGGAGGUCCCGUCGUAUGGAGAUUCUGUGCGUCUUUACUUGCGCUUGGCAGGCCGCUGGGAAAGUGGACGCGGUGAAUGUGCCGUGGUGCUAGUGGGGUGGCAUGGCAAAAUGGCGUUUGUAGGUCCUGAGGGCGCGCUGUCCGAAUACCAUUUUAGUCGCUGGGUUGCGUAAUGCGGCCGGUGGGCCUAUGCGCCUGCGUGAGCACUCGUUUACCGUAUGUUUUGGAGUAUAGCUCGGGCGCAAACGCAGAUUGGGGGCUUGGACGUGCACCACAAGGCUGUGUUGGUGUGUCCCCAUGCAAGCGCCGCGACUCACUCAAGUGUGUCCUAUUGCAGUUGAUUCGAUGUUGGUAUCGUAUUGACAUGUUUAGUUCAGGGCAGCGUCAGGGUGAACAGCAGGGUGAUUAGCAUGAGGCGCAUGAUGGGGGGCGGCUCAUGCGGCACGUGUGCGUGCUGCUGUGGGUUUGCAGCCUACUCAGCCCCGGUGCGCCGCAGGGAAGCGAGUGAUGAGCUGAUAAGACAGUGGCAGGAGGCGGACGUGUCGUCAUUGUUUCAUGUCCAGUGCAUGACCGGCCCAAUGUACAGGACGCAUGCCGUGCAGGGCGUUGCUCGUGCACAAGGCACAAGGCCGCAGCGCCUGAGCACUGCCGGGGCCCUUAGGGGUCGCCGUCGUAGACUGGCAGUCCGGCAUGCAAAGAGCGGGGCAUUGCCGCAUGUGCAGAUGCUACGGGGGUCUGUGGAUCUGCGGCUGUUGGUUGCCAGCGCAUGUGUGUGUGUGUGUGUGUGUGUGUUUCCGCGCGCGGGUGAGGCGUCCGGGCGUGGACGGGCUGCACAGAGAUGUGCUGCGCCCUAAGCUGUGUGUGAACUGGAAGUCCAUGUAACUGCUACGUGAG